AUGUGCCGCCCAACCCAAUGCGCAAACGACGACUGCGGCAAGACGACCUGGAUCGGCUGCGGCCUGCACAUCCCCUACGCCCUGCGCGACGUCGCCCCUGAAGACGUGUGUACCUGCGACAACCACAACCCGACGCCCCUGCCGCCUCGAGUCGGCCCGCCGCCAAACUACUCGGGUUGGGAGACGGCGGCGCGCGCCCAAGAGUGGUAG